AUGAAUAAAAUAUUAAACUUUAAAAAAAAAUUACAAAAUAAUAAUAAUAAUACAAACAAUAAUAAUAACAAUAAUAAUCCAAAAGCAUCAAUAUUAAAAAAUAAUAAUAAUGAUAAUACCAAUGAUAAUUUAAAAAGUAAAAUAGUAGUUAAAUCAACACCUGUAAUACAAAAAUCAUCAUCAUUUGCUAAUGUUCCAAAUUCAAUUAAUGUCAAUACAAGUAGUAGUGGAAAUAAAAAUGGUGAUAAACCAAUUUUAUUACAAAGUAUGUUUAAUAAAGGUAAAAGGUCAAAUGAAAUAACAAAUAGAAAAAUUCCACCUCCUUUCUCUGAAGACUCAUUUUAUAAAUCAGGAGUUACUUCAAAAGUUUCAACAACAACUACAACAACCUCUUCAACUUCAAAACCAAUAUUACCUCAAACAAUAACAAAACCAAAUAAAACAAAUGAAACAAUAGUACCAAUACCACCAAUUAAAAAACCAAUAUCUAAUAAUAAUAUUAAUUAUAACAAUAUAAAUAUUCAACAAUCUUCUUCAACUUGUACAAUUUCAAAUAGAGUUAGAGAUAAUUUAUUUUUAUUAAAAGAAGAGAGUAAGAGUGAAUAUAAUAUUAGAGUAAAUGAAAUUGAAAAAAAAGUAAUAAGUAAUAACAAUAUUGAUUAUAAUGAUCCAUACACUCAAACAAUACAAAAGAUUAUAAUGGUUGAAAAAGAAAUGAUUGACACUUUUUCUGCAAUGAUUGAAUUUCAACCAUUACAAAAUUUAGCACAAACCCAAAUUCUUAAAUCAUCAUCAAGAUUAUCAUCAAACAAUAAUAAUAAUAAUAAUAAUAAUAAUAAUAAUAAUAAUAAUAAUAGUAAUUUAUUAUUUUUUUUUGACGAUCAAAAUAAUUAA